AUGAUAGGUUAUGCUAGAAACGGUUAUAGACUUUACGAUGAAGAUACUAAAAAAGUGGUGAUAAGAAGAAAUGUAAUUUUUGAUGAAAAAGAACGAAAAGAAAUACAGAAUAAUGUAGAACUAGAGUGCCGAGAGGUAAAAGAAGAAGAUGUUAACAAAGAUGAUAAUGAAGAAAAUGAUAAUGAAGAAUUUUAUGAAGCGGAAGAUACAUUAGAAAAAGAUGAUAAUUCGAAGGAAAAUUCUGAAAAAGAACAAAUUGUAAGGGAGAAAAGAAUAAUUAGAAAACCCAAGUGGCAACAAGAUUAUGUUACUGAUUUUGAAGGAAAUGAAAAUGAAGUAAUGUAUGCUUUAAUGGCUGGACAAAUAGAAGAUACGCCACAUACAUUUGAGGAAAUAGAUAAGAGAGAAGAUAGUGAGUUAUGGAGAAAUGCAGUUAAGGAAGAGUUUAAUGUUCUUGAAGAUAGUGGAACAUGGAGGAAAGUAGAAAGAAAGAGAGAUAUGAAACUUUUAGAUACUAAAUGGUUUACUUCCAGCAUCGGCCUGGAGAGCAAAUUGGAUCUUCAGCGGACCAAGCCCGAUAGCACGCUGCCGGCCGACCUAUUUGUGAAGGCAUCUCAGCAAAGGCGCAAGAGAAAGUCCGUUGUUUUGACAGACACACCAGAAAAAGAAUCUUUGAGAAUGGAAUAUGAAGAAAAGAUGAAGAAAAAGCAGAAAAAAGACGAUAAAGGUAAAGAAAAGGGAAAAGGAAAACAAAAAGGCAAAGGUAAAAAGUCUGCAAAAAAUAAGGAUGAAAUAGAAAGAGUUAAGAAAAGGGUGGGCCGCGUCAACGUGGAGCAUCAGAGGGUACACGUGGCGGACUUCAGCCGCUUCGUGCAGUGCCGGAAAUGCCUACAGUUUGGGCACACCGGCAAUAAAUGCGAAGCGGAGUUCUACCCGUGCGCCCACUGCGGCUCCGCCGCGCACCAUAUCUCCACCUGCUCCCAUAGAACCGACCCGACUAAAAUGUGUUGCUACAACUGCAAACAAACAAACAGCACAUACACUAAACACUCCGCCCUUGACACUAAAGUUUGCCCAAAGAUUCUGAAAGCCCAAAAAUCCCUAAAUGAAUCAACCGACUAUGGUUACUAA